CGUUCCCAGGCAUCCAUAACAUCACCCGCUGGUCGCCUCGAUAAAGUUCAUCUGAAUUCCGCCAGAUGCGCAGCAGGCAUGACCGAAACGAAGGGAAAAGCCUCCGGUAAGCUCGUCGUCUCUUCGCUUUGACAUUAUACCGGUUCCCGUCUGAGAGAGGCUUAAGUCCAUUCUACACAUAUCUAACGCCUCCAGACUUUUCCAAUCGGCUUAAGCGACCUCUCAAAGGUGCAUCGCGUAGUUCCAAGGCACAAGCUCCCUCCACCAUCAGCGCACCUCCCAAGGUCGCAGUUGCAACGCCCAAAACCAAGGAUGACCUGCACCGACGAAAAAUUCCCUUCAAUGAUAUGCUUCGAUCAAGAUCUACAAAAGACCCGGAUCCUAUCAGUCCUCAUCCGGCGGCGGAUGAGCAGGACCGUGACGAGACAACGGCGGAGCACACAACCCCCGAAAGCAUAGCGAGUAGUCAGGAUACUCGAGCAAUUGACCGGAUAGCGGAGCUUGAAAAAGCACUAGCGUUUGCUAAAGAGGAACAAGAUAGACUCCGGGAGCAGCUGGAGAAAGCCAGGCACCAUGAUGAAACCUAUCGAGAAACGAUCGAAGAACACCCAAACUCCUUACAGCCAACAGAUCGCAGGAGCUUAGAGCAAAUCUCAAUCGGUCGACGUAGUAUCGAAGAUCAUCGUGAUCAUUUGAACAAAUCAUCUCCGCAUCGGUCAACUUCUAGCUAUCGGGAUCAUGACCUGCUGGAUGAAACCCACACCUUUCAGGGACAAGUCGCUGGGCUCCAGUACCCGCAGCAUGAUGCACGGAGGAGCGCUGAUUUCCAAACACCAUCUCGAACCUCUAUUGAGUGGCAAGAGCUUACAUCUCGCCUUCACAAUACCGAAAAGGAGUCCCAACAAAGGCUACAACAGCUUCUAGAUCUUAAGCAUAGUAUCUCCGCUAUGACUCGAGUGGACAAUCAAGUCACGGACAGUGACUUUACCGAGCGUGUCGACCAGCUGUACCAUCGUAUACGCGAGUUUGUCGUUUCAAACUAUCGCCCUCUCGUUUCUAACGCAAUAAUGCCUAUUUUCCGGGAAGCUAUAUACGUAGGGUUGCCCGAGACGGGUCCCCUUUCAGCAGCCCGGCAAUUGGCGUCAUGUAUCUGCAGCAAUACCGCAGAGUAUCACGAGUGGCGACGAGCCACAGUACGCGCCUUAGAGAAGAGCACGGGUGAACCAACUCUUCGACAAGAGCGUCAGAACAUUGUCCACCGAAUCGCCAAUAACAUACAGCACCAGCUUUUCACGCUUACUUCGAUGAAUCUAACGCCACAGGCGGAGACGACCCUCCAUAGUAUUAUUUUGGCGGCAGCAGAUUUACAACAUUUGCUCCUAAUGCAGAAGGCUCAGUACGCAGUACUCUUUUUCCGGAGUCAAGAUGGAAAGGCACAACCAUUUGAUGGACAGAGAAUGGAGGAUGUGAACAAUUUCGACGCUCUUGAUGAGGAUGGAGAUGUCUUCCUUGACCGUCGAUUUGCAUUCUGUGUAUUUCCUUGUCUGGAAAAGUUUGGUGAUGAAUUUGGCGACAGGCCAGACAUCAGCAAUGUAUUACUCCCGGCAAGGGUUUGUUGUGGGGUAGGAUGA